GAGACGACGAUCCUUUAAAUUGUUCGAAUAAAUUUUGGGAUUACGAAGUCACGGCGAUAAUUACUGUUUGAGGUUAUGUAAUUCGGACGACCGGUUCUUUGAGGUUAUGCAAGCGAGCCUAGCAAACACAAGUUGCCCUUUGAGGUUAUGCGGUGCCACAAAAUGAUCUUUCGAUUUUUAAGUACUGAUCGUAAAUCACGAUAUUGAAGAAUUUAUUAAAUUUUGAUUCAAGAUGAACGCUGUUACGACAGAGGAAGAGAAAACGAUCAUCCACUUUUUAAAAUCCCAAGGCUGCUGUUUGAGAUGUUGCUUUCGUUUCGUUGGAUACCGUACGUCGGAAUGUUAUUGCAAACCUUUCGAAUUCGCGGCACAGCCGAGUUAUGCUGAUAUAAGAGAUGAUACUUCUGUGGAAGAAGCACCUUGCAUCGCAUGCUUAGGAGUUCUUCAAGAUAAGGCACAAGAAAACAUUGUUUCAAAAAUAGCGGAGAAAGUAAAGGAGAAAGAUUAUGAUUGUACGACUUUCACUUGCGCGUUGACCGUUCCCGUAUCGGUGAAGCUCAGAGAACACGUACUGUACGCUUACAUGUCCAAGGAGAUAGACAUUCACGAAUCUGUCUUGAGCAAUCUUCGAACAAGGUUACAGAGUGUCAAAGAUAUUUGGAAAUCGUUUAUGAUUCCCCAACUCGAACAGGCUAUGGGAAAACGUGCCGAUCUGUCGACACCGUCGCCCUUUCUCAUCGAGAUCUUCCUGACCUACACCGAUGACGAAGUAAUAUUUAAAAAGUUAAUGAAACCUAAGGGAGGCAGCGAUAGCCAGAAAAAGAGAAAAUGGAAUGACAACAAAUUUAGUAGGAAGAACGUUGAUACUUUGCUGACUGAGAUGACGGAUGAGCAACUCGUGCGACACUUUACGAUCUCGGAAAUCGCACCAAAAACGUUCGUUUGUGUUGACGAUAUCUUAUGUUCUCACAGCAGUGUCUUCAUAGGAGGACGUUACAAUAAACUCUCCAGGAAGCUUAGUCAGACACCGUGGUUCAUAAACGGCGAGAAGAAGGUGGAAACCUCGGUGCAAGAUCUACUCGGCAAUCCCAUCGCAGAAAUUGUGAAGGCAGAAUCGAUAAAAUUUUUAUCGUCAGGAAGAGAAGACGUCGACGUCAGAAACAUAUACAAUGGCCGACCAUUCGCUGUUGAGUUAUUGAAUCCUCGCAUGACGAAUAUCACUAGCGAGCUUUUGACACGUCUAACCGAUAGCAUAAAUCAGUCGACUAAGCAGGUUCAAAUAACAUCGAGCUUAAAAGUUCUUUCAAGGUUCGAUUUAAAGAAGCUCAAGGAAGGUGAGAACGUUAAAACGAAGUUUUAUCGAGCGCUGUGCAUCUGUCGAGGCGCGAGUGGCGAUUUACCGCAGUUGGAGCAUCUGAAUAAGCUGAAAAACGUCCGAAUUAUCCAGAGGACACCGGUGAGAGUGUUGCAUAGGCGGCCAUUGAGUCCGCGAACGCGUAUCAUUUGCGAAAUGCGCGCGCGUUGGGCGAAACCUCACGAGCUGAAGGAGUUGCAUACCGCUACCGAGAGUACCGACGCGUUUUUCGUUCUCGACGUCAAGACGCAAGCGGGUACAUACGUGAAAGAAUUCGUGCACGGAGAUUUCGGUAGGACCAAGCCGAGCCUGGGCGAUUUUCUUAACGCCGAAGUGGACAUUGUCGCAUUGGACGUCACGGGUAUCAACUUAAAGUGGCCGUAACGCGAGUCUAGCUCGACAUUGCAUCUAACUUAUAAAAAAAGGGACUACAAUAAAAGUAUCGAACAUAAAA